AAAGCGGUCGGCGGGCAAGGCCUCCGCCUCUCAGUCUGCGGAGCGCCGGCGGUCACCUGGGGCUCUUGGGGCAGGCUGUUCGCCGCAGGGCCCGCGCAAUCGCCUGUGGAGGUGGGAGAGGGGGCUGAACGAGAGGUGCCCCGGAGCCGUCUCGGAGCGUGGCUGUUCCGCCCCUCUCUGCGGCGGAAGAUGCAGGAGCGCAUUUGGGUGUCACUGCUGCUGCCGCUGCUGCUACCGCGAUCGCUGUGGGCCGGUCCCCCAGACAGCCCGCGCCGGGAGCUGGAGACUGAGCCCGGGCCUUUGCAGCCCUUCGACCUACUCUACGCCAGUGGCGUGGCCGCCUACUACAGCGGGGACUACGCGAGCGCCGUGCGCGACUUGGAAGCGGCGCUGCGCAGCCACCAGCGACUGCGGGAGAUACACGCGCGUUGCGCCCGCCACUGUGCCGCGCGCCGCCCGCUCGCGCCCCCCGGCGCCGGCCCAGGUGCUGAGCUGCCCUUCUUCCGUGCUUUGCUGGAGCGGGCGCGUUGCUACCGCAGCUGCGAGACCCAGCGCCUCGAGGGACCCGCGUCCCGCCACCGCGUGAGCGAAGAUGUGCGCAGCGACUUCCAGCGCAGAGUGCCUUACAACUACCUUCAGCGAGCCUACCUUAAGCUUAACCAGCUGGAAAAGGCACUGGAAGCAGCCCACACCUUUUUCAUGGCCAACCCUGAACACAUGGAAAUGCAGCAGAACCUCGAGAAUUACAGAACCAUGGCAGGCUUCGAAGCAUUCCAGGUGGUAGAUCGAGAAGCAAGACCGCACCUGGAGAGUUAUGGUGCAGGAGUUAAACAUUAUGAGGCUGAUGACUUUGAGCUGGCUAUCAAGUACUUUGAACAAGCUUUAAGAGAGUACUUCAAUGAAGAUAUGGAGUGCCGAGCCCUGUGUGAGGGACCUCAGAGAUUUGAAGAGUAUGAGUACUUAGGGUAUAAAGCUGGGCUCUAUGAAGCCAUUGCUGAUCACUACAUGCAGGUGCUAGUUUGUCAGCAUGAAUGUGUGAGGGAACUUGCCACUCGCCCUGGCCGGCUCUCCCCUAUUGAGAACUUUCUUCCCCUGCAUUAUGAUUACCUACAAUUCGCCUACUAUCGAGUCGGUGAAUAUAUAAAAGCUCUGGAGUGUGCCAAGGCCUAUCUUCUACUCCAUCCGGAUGACGAGGAUGUCCUGGACAAUGUGGAUUACUAUGAGAGUCUUUUGGAUGACAGUGUUGACCCAGAAUCCAUUGAAGCCCGAGAGGAUUUGGCUAUGUUUGUGAAGCGUCAUAAAAUGGAAUCUGAACUGAUAAAAUCAGCUGCAGAAGCUCUAGGAUUUUCGUACACUGAACCGAAUUAUUGGAUCAGAUAUGGAGGACGACAAGAUGAGAAUCGGGUCCCUUCAGGAGUGAAUGUGGAGGAGGCAGAAGUUCAUGGAUUGUCAAUGGGAAAAAAGUCAUCACCCAAGAUAGGACAAGACCUAAGAGAGGGUGGCCCUCUGCUAUAUGAGAACAUCACAUUCGUCUAUAACUCAGAGCAGCUGAAUGGGACUCAGCGGGUUCUCUUGGAUAACGUCCUGUCAGAAGAACAGUGCCGGGAGCUCCACAGUGUGGCCAGCGGAAUCAUGCUUGUUGGAGAUGGAUACAGAGGAAAAACUUCACCCCAUACUCCCAAUGAAAAAUUUGAAGGUGCAACUGUCCUGAAAGCACUCAAGUUUGGUUAUGAAGGCCGAGUCCCUUUGAAGAGUGCCCGUCUGUUUUAUGACAUCAGCGAGAAGGCUCGAAAGAUUGUAGAAUCCUAUUUCAUGCUGAACUCAACCCUGUAUUUCUCCUAUACACACAUGGUUUGCCGAACAGCCCUGUCUGGUCAGCAAGAGAGAAGAAAUGACCUCAGUCACCCCAUUCAUGCUGACAACUGCCUGCUAGACCCAGAGGCCAACGAAUGCUGGAAGGAGCCUCCAGCUUACACAUUCCGGGAUUAUAGUGCUCUCUUGUAUAUGAAUGACGACUUUGAAGGAGGAGAAUUCAUAUUCACUGAGAUGGAUGCUAAGACUGUGACUGCCUCUAUAAAACCAAAGUGUGGGCGUAUGAUCAGCUUCUCAUCAGGAGGAGAGAACCCACAUGGGGUGAAGGCGGUCACCAAGGGCCAAAGGUGUGCUGUGGCUCUGUGGUUUACCUUGGACCCACUUUACAGAGAAUUGGAACGAAUACAGGCUGAUGAAGUGAUCGCAAUCCUAGAUCGAGAACAGCAAGGAAAACAGGAGCUGAAUAUCAACCCCAAAGAUGAGCUAUAGAAAAUGAGAAAGAGUGUUCUAUCAAAUAUUUAUUUAAAUUGUUAAUCUAAUGAGAACCUUUUUAUUUUUGUACAGAGCCGUGGUAUAAAUUAACAGGUUAAUAUGAGUCACCAAAUCUCCCUUCUGUUCCUAAGGAUGCUUGCUUUGCCUCA